AUGUAUACGAGUCUACCUUUCUCGAUGGAGCACAUUCCUAAACAAAAGGGCUUCGGAUGCCUAUCUCUCAAGUUUGGCUGUAUAUUAUCGGGCUUAACUUUAAUUCUGUACUCCGUGCUGGUAAUAGCACACUCCUCAGCCGCCAUCGCAACAGCCUCACAGUCGCUCAAGUUCGACUGGGAAGGAGUUUUGACGUAUGGCGUUUUGGCAACUGUCAUUUUGACACAUUGUGUCACGCUGUUCCUGACAGCCAUCAUGCUUGUCGGCACUUUGAGUGAAAAACCUCACUUGAUGCGUCCUUGGCUGGUGUGGAUGUCUGUGCAGAUCAUGAUCUACGUUCUCAUGUUCGUGUUUUGGACCACAACUAACAUGGUCAGUCAUAUGGGCGACACUUCGAUGCUCGGAUACGCGUUGGAAUUUCUAACUCUCUUAAUUCGUUUCUACAUGUUGGUCCUUGUUGCAAGCUAUUACGAUUUGUUAGAAAAGGACAGAGAAUACGGAGAGAGACUCAAAAGUUUGAACAAUCAACACUGGUACAGCUCUGCUUGAUCUAGAAAUUUAAGUUUAAGGAUAACGGAAUACUCUUUUUUUGUUGUUGUUUGUUUUUAUAAUUAUUUUUUAUUUGUAACUGUUUAUUUGAAAUUGAAGACUGCUAUUAUGAACUUCUUGAGAGAAUUUAUCGCGUCAAGAGUUAGCUAGCAAGGAGCCAGUCAAACUGUAUAAUAAACUGUAUAGUGUAUUAAACUUUGCU